UUCCCAUGGCGUCCCAGCAAUUCCAAUGAAACUACUUAUCAAUGAUUCAUAUGCAAAUUCCGACUAUCGUAUCUGGUCUACCUAUAUGAGACUACGUAUGCAAGAUGCAAGCCCGCUAUGUCUUUCUAGUACUACCACAAAAGCCCAACCCAAGCUGUUCAACAUAUAUUCCUAGUUACUUACACAACUCGGGAUACGAUGUCUGGCCGGUACUCUUACGACAGUUUGCAUCUGCUGGCCAAGAUGCCGACACCAGUCGUGUUAUUGCGCAGACAAUUGGUGCUGUCAGUCACCAAGUAUACGCUCUUGGUCUUGCUACUGGUCAAUUUUCGGUCUCUACCGCUCGCCUGGCACAUUCGUCUGUUCCUGCCAGUUCUGCGACUCAGUCUCCAGUACUACCUCCUUCGGCUCCGCAUCAUAUUCAAGCCAAAAAAGGUGAAGGCAAAGAUCCUUAACGAUUGGAACGAGGCUUUAUGUCCAAUUGGCGCAAGCCCCUUCGAGCUCGUAGUCGUUCAACAUGGCUGGGCGACUUUGGACGACAUCGAUUUCAAUGGACACCUCAGCAACUCCAGUUACGCGAAGGCCCAAGAUGGAGCCGGCCUGAAUUUGAUUCUGAAAGCCUUCCCUGCAUUCACAAGGAGUGGUGGGUUGGUAGCUGUAGGCUCUACUCACUUUCAUUUCAUUCAAGAAAUACCAUUCCUUGCGAGAUAUGAGAUUAGACUCUCCAUCCGGGCAUGGGACCACAAAUGGUUGUUCAUUACCGCUCGCUUUGUCUCUUUCCCAAAGAACAGACGUGGACGUAUGGACCGUUGUACUAUGUCUGAAUUAGGCCAGCAUCUGGGAUCAUCGAAAACACCGACGACAUCGAAUAAUUUUUCUCGAAUGUUACGCACACCUGCAGAGGAUUUGGUCACCCCUCCGACUCUCAGUGAUGAGAGUGAGGAGGACUCUAACCUUCGGCCAGGAAAGGCAGCAGAGGCAAUAAAAGACCUGGCUGCCGCACAGUCACAAACGACCAAACCUGACAAUGCCGUACUCCAUUGUGUAGCGGUUUCAUACGUUUGCUUUAAGCAUGGCCGCAUCACAGUGCCUCCUAGCGUCAUCCUUGCAUGUGAAGGUUUCUCGAAGCCCCCUAGCAGUGCUUCUUCCGCGUUGUUUUCGCCGACGAAUCCGCCCACUCACUGGAAGAAGGCACAAGCACUGCGCGUGGCUCCAUCAGGCAGCAUGCCUAAAUUUAUCGAGUUCCUGAAAGGAGGCUGGCGCGAAGUGCCUGAAGGCGAGAGGUGGUGGGAAGACGCGCUGGAUGGGCCGAUAGAGGAGCAACGAACGGCAAAUCUCAAAGUCCUUGAUAACAUCAGGAAAGGAAUGGAAGAAGCGAGAUCUCUCCGGUAACUACUAUGUAGAUAUUCGUGAGGUUUGAAACUAGUCUAACAGAGCCUGUUGC